AUGUCACACCUAAUGAGCCAGGUUGCUCGGGUUGCGGGUGACGUGGAGGACUGCUUCCUAGCAGAUGGGCCCAAGGGUCUACCGUAUUCGGCCUAUCCAGAAUUCCAUGCGUUUAUGGGAGAUAUGAGGGAGAUGCAGCAUAAGACCAGUCUGGUGGACAAGUUUCUACCUACCAUUCCAGGAUUGCGGGAAGACCUGGAAUCAGGAAUUCGAGUUCUGGACGUGGCGUGCGGCAGGGGCAUCACCACUCUCAUCCUGGCCCAACACUUCCCAAACAGCACGUUCGUCGGUACCGACCUCUGUGAGGACGCCAUCCAGUGGCCGAGCGAAGAAGUCAAAAAGCGCGGAUUGGCCAACAUCACGUUCCAGGUGCAGGACCUGGCCAAGAUGCCUGCUGAUUGGUCGGAUUCCUUCGACUAUGUCCUAGUCUGGGACGGCGUGCACGACCAGGCCGACCCUGAGCGCGCNAUCAGGACAUUUUAUAACUAUCAAAUUUCCUAG